CAAUAUUCGGAGUGAAAGACGGACCCUGAAAGCGCAGGAAGGCGCAUCCUUACAGAGCUGCAGGCGUGGCGUCAACACUUCCGCCUUUCUCUAAAGACCACAAAAAUGACGGCGACCUUGCGGCCAUACCUGAACGCUGUGCGUGCCACCCUGCAAGCAGCUCUGUGUUUGGAGAACUUCUCCUCCCAAGUGGUGGAACGGCACAACAAACCAGAGGUGGAAGUUAGGAGCAGCAAGGAACUGCUCCUGCAGCCAGUGGUGAUCAGCCGCAACGACAAAGAGAAGGUUCUGAUAGAGGGCUCCAUUAACUCUGUGCGGGUCAGCAUCGCUGUCAAGCAGGCAGAUGAGAUUGAGAAGAUCCUGUGCCACAAAUUCAUGCGUUUCAUGAUGAUGAGAGCAGAGAAUUUCUUCAUUCUUAGAAGGAAACCUGUGGAGGGCUAUGACAUCAGCUUCCUCAUCACCAACUUCCACACGGAGCAGAUGUACAAGCAUAAACUGGUGGACUUCGUCAUCCACUUCAUGGAGGAGAUCGACAAGGAGAUCAGUGAGAUGAAGCUAGCCGUCAAUGCCCGUGCCCGAAUCGUUGCUGAGGAGUUCCUGAAAAACUUUUGAGGACCGCCUCUUCGUUGUUUAUAUUCGUGACUUGGCCGUCGCUGUGGUUUCCGCGGAGAAAGGCAUCGCAGACUCCGCAGGCAAAAGGGGAGGAGCUUAUUGUGAGUUAAGAAUCAAUCAGCAAAAAGAACCACAGGAAUGAGUGACCAAUCCUGCGAUGCCGCAUGCCGUGUGUCCCUUGCCUUCCUGUAUUCUGUUAAAGGUGCUUCUUGGUCCCAUGGAUAUUGAUAAUUGUACAUUAAAAAAAAAAAUAACCCACAUUUUUUGUUCAGAGGGAAAAACCAAGGUCAAGGCAGGUCCUUAAAAGUAUUAUCCAAAAUUAAUAUUGAUGGGCACAGGAAAUACUGUUAACACAUUGUAAAGUCUGCGGUGGCUUUACUUUUAUAUACAUGUACUCCAUGGGGGAGGGUGUUUUUUGUUUUUUGUUUUUUUUGUUUUUUCAUUUUUGUUAUUAAAAAUAGAUUAGGCUUCAAUGUUAGUGGCAACACAGAGGAAACUGAAGAAAAAUGGGUGUUUAUAAUAUUUUGACACAGCCAGUCUCUGAUAUAAUUGCAAGUGAAAAGUAAUGAGUGAAUAAAAUGUGAUCCUGAUGGUAGCGGUAAAAACAAUAAAAUUAUAUUGCGCUUUCUGUAA